AUGAGAUUUUCCAACUCGCAAGCCCUGAUAUGGCUUCCUAGCAUCGGCAGUGCGCUUGCGGAUUCAUCGCCAAUCGCUGCUGGUAUUCCCUGCGAAGCAUUAGCCUUUAACCACCCUGAAAUAUUUGGUACACAUUUGAUAUCUCUAUCUGCGGUCCCAGUGAUCAACAACAGCCUCGCCCUUGACAAACGUGAUGUACCGGACAGAAUUCCAACAUUACCUGGGGGAGUAGAUAAAGGUCUCGACUUUUGCAAUGUCAGCGUCACAUACACGCAUCCUGGUUUGAAUGACAGUAUCAACGUCAUGAUUUGGCUGCCACUGAAGGACCAAUGGAAUGGACGCUUCAUGGGCAUCGGCGGUGGGGGGUUCAAUGCAGGAUAUAGCGAGGACUUCGCCUACCCAUACUCAGGCAUCGGUGCCAACUUUUCGACCAUGUGGACCAAUGCUGGGACCGAAUAUCCUUCUCGUUCUAACCCCUGGCCGGAUCCAGCAUCUUGGGGUCUUGCAAGUCCAGGAGUUGUUGACUUCAAUGCCUUGAACAACUUUGCAUCUCUCGCUCUCUACGAAGCAACACUGUUUGGCAAAGCAAUCACAGAGAACUACUACGGCCGCCCUGCUGAUUACUCAUAUUGGAACGGCUGCUCUCAAGGUGGUCGACAGGGUCAUAUGCUUGCACAGAGAUAUCCUGAAGAGUAUGAUGGUAUCCUCGGCACCGCGCCCGCAAUCAAUUGGGCGGAUUUCUUCCAAUUUAUGCUCUGGCCACAGAUUGUGAUGAAUCAAGAAGGACUGUUCCCAUCACUUUGCGAGCUAGCUGCCAUCAAGGAAGCGGCGAUCGAGGCCUGUGACAAGCUAGAUGGUUUGAAGGAUGGAGUGAUCUCCGCGGAUACCAAUUGCGGCUUUGACGCCAACGAAGCUGUGGGACGGCUUCACAAUUGUUCCGGAGAACAUGUCAAGGUCUCAGCAGGCGCAGCUCAAGUCGCCAAUGCCGCGUGGGGUGGCCCCCGUAACGCGGACGGUACAUUUCAGUGGUACGGGACCUCCAAGGACACAGAUCUCAGCCCCAUCGCGAACUCUACCUGCUCCGGAAACGGAAGCUGUGGAGGCAAGCCGUUGUGGCUCCCGCAGGACUGGGUCCGGAUCUGGCUGGCCAAAGACGCCACAUACAAUCCGUCAGGCGCCACCUACGAAGAAUUCGACAGGUUCUCUCACCUUUCACAUCAAAUCUACGAUUCAACGAUCAGCACAAUCGACCCAGAUUUGAGCGCCUUCAAGAACGCCGGCGGCAAGUUACUCACUUGGCACGGUCUGGCCGACGCCCUCAUACCAUACAACGGCACUGUAAACUACUACAACCAAGUCCUGCAGCGCGACCCUUCCGCUAACGACUAUUACCGCUUCUUUUCUGCCCCUGGCGUGGCGCACUGCGGAGGAGGUCCUGGUGCAAAGCCGGAUUCAAGUCUCGAGGCGCUGGUCGACUGGGUCGAGAAAGGUAUUCCCCCAGAGACUCUGUUGGCCACGAUAAGGUCGCCAGAUGGAAGUAUCAUCAAGCAGCAGCCGUUGUGUAGAUAUCCUCUCGUUUCGGUCUAUGUUGGCUCAGAUCCCAGCGUUCCGGAGUCGUAUGAGUGUCGGGAAGCGUUUUGA